GUUACUUGCGACUAAUAAGUGAAGAUAGUUCGCGAUGAAGCAGUUUUUGCUAAUUCUGUUUACUUUAGCUGUCUCAGCAACAGAAGAAUUGAGCGAUUUUGAUCCUUUUAUUGAUAUUCCGUUUAAACCAAUCAAAAGUUCAGCUGAUCGUAUACGUGCACAAGGUUAUCCUGCUGAGUCACAUUUUAUAGAAACAACAGACGGAUAUGUUUUGAAUAUGUUUCGGAUACCAUAUUCCCCUAAAUUAAAUAAUAAGGGUGAAAAAAACCCGGUGGUAUUUUUACAACACGGUCUAUUUUCAUGUUCAGACUGUUUCCUAUUGAAUGGGCACGAUGAUUCUAUUGCAUUUAACUUUGCUGAUAGCGGCUUUGACGUCUGGCUUGGAAAUGCUCGUGGAAAUGUAUACUCACGUAAUAAUACCAGAAUAUCUUUGAACCAUCCUAAUUUUUGGGCAUUUAGUUGGCACGAAAUUGGUAACAUUGAUAUUCCAGAAAUGAUUGAUUACAUAUUAAAUAAAACUGGCGAAACCAAAGUGCAUUACGUUGGACAUUCUCAAGGAAAUACAGUGUUCUUUGUUAUGGCUUCAACUCGUCCCGAGUACAAUACAAAAAUUAAAACUGCACACAUGUUAGCUCCACCAAUAUUCAUGGGUAACGUAACAGAUGGUUUGAUAGUGGGUCUGGCCCCCUAUGUUGGCAAACCUGGGAAAGGCUCAAACUUUUUGGGUAAUCAACAAUUUAUACCCUACAAUCCGUUUAUACAGCGUUUGUUGGAUACGGCAUGUGGAGAUAAACCCGCAUUUCCAAAAUAUUGUUCAACAUUAUUUUUUCUAUGGGCUGGAUCGGAAAAUAGAAAUUUAAAUACGACAUUGCUUCCCCAAGUGGCCGAAACUCAUCCAGCUGGUAUUUCAACAAAUCAGGGUAUUCAUUACAUUCAAGAAUAUGUUAGUAACGAGUUUCGACAAUUCGAUUACGGCAAAAAGAAGAAUAAAUUAAAAUAUGGCCAAGUGGAACCACCAACAUACCCAAUUGAGCUAAUCACAUCCAAUACGUACAUUUACUACGGCCUUGCCGAUACUUCAGCAAAUUAUAAAGAUAUCCAACGUCUUCGUAAGCGCUUGCCUAAUAUAAAAUUGUUUUACGAAGUACCGGAUUCUAGCUGGGGUCAUUUGGACUUUAUAUUUGCCCGUCAAGUAAAGAAAACAAUAAAUGAUCCUGUAAUCCAAAUUUGUAAGGGAUACGAAGAAAAUAAAAACGCAUAAAUACAAAGAAACUUUGUUUACA